AUGAUCCUGGAGGAUGCCGCGGACCUGGACCCGUUCGUGGAGAUCGAGCUGCAGACAGCGCGCGAGGAGUGCAGCCUGCCGCCGCGACACGGCCGCUGGCUGUCCAAGAUUGGCCGUCUGCUGCGCACCUUGUUCGGCUCCCUGGGGUCGCUGUGGCGCCGCCUGCAGGCGCCCCCAUCGUCCAGGCUGGCAGGCCGCCGCUCCACCGUCUCCGAGCACGCGCGGGUUGACGUGAUGGCCUGGAGCUCGCAGCUGCAGCGCGCAGGAUCCAUGGACCUGUUCGCAAGCCCCAGCAGGGAUCUGGAACCGCUGCAACAAUUUGUUCACAUCGAAAGCUCAACGAGCUCAACUGAGCCCUCGCUCCACGCUCUCAAAACCCUCUGUGUGCCAAAGAUAUGCCCCUCAAAAUUGUCCCGAUGCUCCACGAAGUCGUAGCUUUCAGCGAGGAAGCUCCAGAACUUCACAACCUCGGCAAGAGUUCGGAAUAGUCUGCGGUUGCAUCGAACAACGCGAUUUGGAAAAGAGGCUGCGUAAGGUAAAUAAAUGCGAGUCUGUCCAAAUUCACGGAAGACAUCAAGAACUCUGUGUUAUUAAAACUACAAAUCACCUUGGGCAAUAUAAAUGAAGGACUGUGAUGUGGAA